GCUUCGGAGGGGCAGAGCCAGGCCAGAUGCGAACGAAUGAUAUGGGAUCUUCCAAAAAACCUGACAAAAGAAAAGCCACUGCACUGCUGCACUGACACUCACUUCAAUGGAGACUCGGCGUCACCGGGAUCAUUACAAAUAACGUACAGCUAGUUGUAAACACUGCAUCGAUCUUUGUGAUGAAUUUCCACUCCUUUGGGAUAAAGUUACCCGUUUAAUCUGAAUCAGGAUAUGCAUAUGAGUGAAGAACGUUUCAGUCGUAAGAAGACACCAAUGUCUGUCCUGCAAGCGUAAAUUUGUGUCAACAGUCCCGUGAAAGUGAUGCAUAAAGACGUUGCGCGUCGUUCAAUCUUCCCAAAUUACUAGUAACCGUUUUGUGGCGAACAUGACCUUCAUGUAAAUACUUUACAUUAUUUUUAUUUUAUAGGUGUAACUUUUACCAAAUCGCCAACAAUGCAGGUCCUUCUGUUUGCCACCGUUCUCUUCUGCGUGGAUGACUUCGUCCGUGCUGAGCCCAAACAGAAGUGCACGGAGCGCUGCGAUGUGAGCACUUGCCCCAGCCCCAGCUGCCCGAUGGGGUACGUUCCAGACCGAUGCAACUGCUGCCUGGUAUGCGCCCAGGGCGAAGGCGAACCAUGCGGGCGCAAAGACGAUCUUCCCUGCGGUGAUGGACUCGACUGCAAGCACCCGGCCGGCAAGCGUCUCGCCAAGGGGUUCUGCCAGUGUAAAUUAGUGCAUAAAGUCUGCGGCAGUGAUGGCAAUACAUAUGGGAACGUGUGUCAGCUUAAGGCGCAGAGUAGGAAGGCUCUGCAACAGGGUCUGCCAGCCAUCAACUCGGUCCAGAAGGGACCAUGCAAAAUCAACCAAAACAAAGGUACUUCACACCCCACAAGUCCCAGGUAUAAGUUUAACUUCAUAGCUGACGUGGUGGAGAAGAUCGCUCCGGCUGUGGUCCACAUCGAACUCUUCCUCAGACACCCUCUGUUCGGCCGGAACGUCCCUCUGUCUAGCGGGUCAGGCUUUGUGAUGUCAGAGACGGGCCUGAUAGUGACCAAUGCCCACGUCGUGUCCAGCACCACGCCUAUGUCAGGUCAUCAGCAGCUCAAGGUUCAGAUGCACAGUGGUGACAUCUACGAGGCGACCAUCAAGGACAUCGACAAGAAGUCCGACAUCGCCACCAUAAAAGUCAACUCACUGAAAAAGCUCUCGGUGCUGUUGCUAGGCCACUCGGCCGACCUUCGACCCGGUGAGUUUGUGGUUGCGAUCGGCAGCCCCUUUGCGCUCCAGAACACGGUUACCACGGGGAUCGUGAGCACGGCCCAGAGGGACGGCAAAGAGCUGGGCAUCAGAGACUCUGACAUGGGCUAUGUACAGACUGACGCCAUCAUUAACUAUGGAAAUUCAGGUGGACCUCUCGUUAACUUGGAUGGAGAGGUGAUCGGCAUCAACACUCUCAAGGUGGCUGCUGGGAUUUCCUUCGCCAUCCCCUCUGAUAGGAUUACACGAUUCCUCAACGAAUCAAUGGACAAGCAGAGCAAAGAAGUGAGAUCACUGAAGAAGCGGUUUAUUGGAAUAAGGAUGCUCACCAUCACUUCAGCCCUGGUUGAGGAGCUGAAGCAGCAGAACCCAGACUUCCCAGAGGUCACUAGUGGGAUCUACGUUCAUGAAGUGGUGCCUCACUCUCCUGCACAGAAAGGUGGAAUCAGAGACGGCGACAUCAUCGUGAAGCUGAACGGCCGUCCGCUGCUGACCACUGCUGACCUACAGGGGGCGCUCACAGAGGAGACGACUCUGCUGUUGGAGGUCAGGAGGGGCAACGACGACCUACUCUUCAACAUCCAGCCUGAUGUCAUUAUGCAGUAAUCAUGACGAAAAUGACCACCAGUGUAUUCAAGAUUUAAAAACAUAGUAAUAAUCUGCUGUUCAACACCGGGCCCGACGACGUCAUCGGGCAGUAACCAUGGCAACUGUGGUGUGGAAUCCGGGAGACUGAUAAAAGUAUAUGGACCACCAAACAAACACGCUUGUUGAGAGACCUAGACACUGAUAGUUGCCCCUAAACAUUGAUCUAGGGUCAGUUGUUCGUUUCUCCCCCUAAUGGUUGAUGAUAGGAUUUGGGAGGGUAAAAUAGGAUCCUAGAUCUAUGCCUAAAGGGUGACUUUUUAACCAUUCAGAUCCAAGGUGAAGACGAUCAACAAACAGAAAAACUGUGUUUGUUUGUUGGAACCUUGAUGGGGAAACGAUAGACCGACUGAACCUUGUUUGGGAAAUCUCCACAGAACUCUGGAGUCCAGAUGCAUUUAGGACUGAAAGUCCCAGUGAAACCAAACACUUGAUUUUUAUUGUUAUAUAUGUGUUUUGUAUCAUCUAAAUGUCUUUGUCAAAGCAUACUAGCUGUUACUUGAGAAUCACUUACUCCAAAUGCAAGCGAUCAUUGGUAAGACAAGUUUUAGCAUAAUAGAUGUUUCAAUUGUUACAUUGCUUUUAUGGCCUUUUAAAUCUGUUAGAAUAGAAAUCAUUUCUGUAUAUACGAGUAGCUGUGUCCAAUGCUGUCGGUUCGGAACCAUUCCCCUAACCAACUGUGAAUGUUAUUUGGUCAGUUAUAGGUUGAAAGAAAGAUCACAUUUUGGUCAGAAAUGGUCAGUUGAAAGAAAUACAUUAUUUUUCAGCUGGUAAAAUGUAAGCAAAUGUCUGAUUUGAAUCUGUUGCUGUAUUCUUGCGGUCUUCUACUAUAACCGACACGUUGGUAACACUUUACAUUAAUGUCCCCUUUAUAAAGGUGUUAUGAGUUGUUCAUAAGUAGUUUACGAUACCAACUUGUGCUGAAAGUAUGAAUAAAUAAACUCACUUUACAGGCAGUGGUUAUAUAUUAAUCAUCAUAUCUUCA